CCUAGCGAUGGACGUCAGCGAAAACAGUGCUCUUCUUUCUAGAAGCAGAAAAGGAAUCCUUCAGAAUGAGCAUAAGAAAAACGAAGAAUCACAUACUGAUAUCUCUACUUAUGACGUCAGUAUACGAAAUGUAAACAUUAUUUUGGUAGCAUUAGCAGUCUCUCUUGGUAGUGUAAGUAAAGCCCAGUAUAUUUACAAGUGGGUGUCCUUAAACACGAUCCUGCCAGACAUAAUCCUUGGAUCAAAUGCAACUUCAUCAGGAAACACCCCACAACAAUGUGCUAAAAAUUCAUCCUCUGAUGCAGAGAACGAAUACCAAAGACUUGCAGCUCGUUUUUCACUUUAUUUCACGUUGACCGAAAAGGGGAUAGCACUUCCGGUUCUUGCAUUUUUUGGAAUAUAUUCGGAUCUAAUUGGUCGGAAGCCUUUGAUGAUCGCUGGAAUUCUUGUGGAAGCAAUCAAAUACGGAUUGAUAUCAUUUUUGAUUUACAAAGAUUUUCAUAUCACCUACCUAUUUAUUUCUUAUGCUAUUUGUGGUUUAGGAGGAACUUAUUUUUCGUUCUAUCUCGGAACCUUAGCUGCAAUUGCAGAUACAACAGCUAGAGGCAAACAAAGAUCCUUCAGCAUUGCAUUACUUGAUGCUGUUAUAGGUUUGAGUGCUUUAGUAGGACAAAUUACUGCCGGAUACGUGAUACAUAUAACAGGGUUUGUCUAUAUAAAUAUGAUCGUUGCUGGAUUAUUCAUAUUAAUUUUGCUAUCUAUUAUCUUUCUUUAUAAAGAAACUCGUCAAAAUAGACAAGGAACCAACUCAUUUAAACCUAGAAUGUCCUGGAAUAUUUGUGAUGCUAUCAAACGAAUAACUGGUUUCUAUACUCAUAAAGAACAAAGACGAAAUAUGCCACUUUCUAUCUUCUUAACAACUGCAGUUGUUUUUCUUUGUGUUUAUUCUGCUUUUAGCCCUAGGAGUGAUAUUGAGAUUCUAUAUUCCUUAAAUUUUCCAUUCUGUUGGUCAUCAGUGAAAAUUGGAUAUUACCGUGCCGUCAAAGACUUCGUACAAAUGUUCAUUGGAGUUAUGGUUAUCAAGCUUUUACAUGUCUGCACAACCGAUGAAAUAAUUUGCAUCAUAAGAUGUAUUUCUGGUAUUGCGUCAUUAGUGUUGAUGGCAUUUGCUUCAAACGAUUGGAUGAUGUACCUAGCUACAGCGCUUGGCGUCAUGUGUAUAGUUCCGAUACCUUUGAUAAGGGGAAUUUUUUCAAAAGCAGUUUUGUCAGACAAACAAGGUGCUCUGUUUGCCAACAUCUACAUAUUCGAAAUUCUGUGUAGUUUGGGUGGAAGUAGUAUUUUCAACAACAUUUAUGCCGAAACACAAAGCAUCAUGAAAGGUCUUGUAUUCCUAGUCAUGGCGGGGUUUUACCUCCUAUCAGUGUUUCUGUUAAUUAUCUGCUCGUGUAUGACGUCGACACUGGGGUCCACCCCUCUCUUUAUACAAGGAGACACUGGACCUUCGAUGAACUCAAGAGGAAGUGACACCCCAUGCCCAGAUACUGUUGAUUUAAUGAACAGCAAAGCACCAGUCAUAACAAACAAUGACGGGAGUAAUACAGAAGAAGUUGACUCAGUUUAGCAUUAUUAUCUUAAAUGAAUAACAAAAUACAAAUAAAAUCAGAUAUUUACAUCACUCUUCUUCAGCUUUUGAUUGAUUUGAUUCAGAUAUUGUGCCGUUCAUGAUUAAGCGAGAUUAAGCGCUGAUGACAACCAGUGUUAGGUUUCUUCAGCCUCUAGAAACAUA